AUGUCUCUCUUUCGAAGCGGCUCUCGGGCCUCAUGGUCAGUGCUUUCCUCGACCAAGGGAAUCGCAAGGCCAAUUCCUGCAAUCUAUCGCCCUGCAACAGCUGCGGCAGGCCGCAGAUGGCGGGGUAUGCAGACCAUGUCAACGGAUGCGCAACAAAAGCUCGUCUCUGCCCAUCUUGACGAAGCCGACCCAGAAAUCGACGCCAUCUUACAACGAGAGAAAAGUCGCCAAAAGCAUUUUAUCAACUUGAUUCCGUCGGAGAACUUCACAUCCCAGGCGGUACUUGAUGCCUUAGGGAGUGUGAUGCAAAACAAGUAUUCAGAAGGCUACCCAGGAGCCCGGUAUUAUGGUGGAAACGAGCACAUUGAUGAAGCAGAGAGCCUUUGCCAGCAGCGAGCUCUGGAGACUUUCGGAUUGAACCCCGAAGAAUGGGGUGUUAAUGUGCAACCUUUAUCUGGUUCUCCCGCAAACUUCUACGCUUACUCUGCAGUACUCAACUGCCAUGACCGCCUCAUGGGACUUGACCUCCCCCAUGGUGGUCACCUGUCCCACGGCUACCAAACGCCGACCAAGAAGAUUUCGGCCGUCUCAAAAUAUUUCGAAACCCUUCCUUACCGUCUGGACGAGAGCACGGGAAUAAUAGACUAUAACAAGUUGGAGGAGCUCGCGCAGCUCUACCGGCCCAAGCUGAUCAUUGCCGGCACAUCUGCUUACAGUCGCCUAAUCGACUACCCCCGGAUGAAAGCCAUUGCGGACAAUGUCGGCGCAUACUUGCUCAGUGACAUGGCCCAUAUUUCCGGCCUUGUCGCUGGUGGUGUCAUUCCUUCUCCGUUCCCUUACUCCGACAUCGUCACUACCACCACUCACAAGUCCCUUCGCGGGCCUCGCGGAGCCAUGAUCUUCUUCCGCAAGGGCGUUCGUCGCGUCGACAAGAAGGGUAACCAAGAACUGUAUGAUCUUGAAGGCCCCAUUAACGCUUCUGUCUUCCCUGGUCAUCAGGGUGGGCCCCACAACCACACCAUCACUGCUUUGGCCGUUGCGCUUAAGCAGGCACAGAGCCCGGAGUUCAAAGAAUAUCAAAAGACUGUUCUUCAGAACGCCAAGGCGUUUGCUGAGCGUCUUGGCAAGUCAAAGGAAGAGGGUGGUCUAGGCUACAAGAUCGUUGGUGAUUUCACCGAAAACCACCUCGUCCUUGUUGACCUCAAGAGCCGCGGUGUCGACGGCGCCCGCGUCGAGCGUGUACUAGAGCUUGUCGGUGUCGCUAGCAACAAGAACACUGUUCCUGGCGACAAGUCAGCCAUGAAGCCUGGCGGUCUCCGUAUGGGUACUCCGGCAAUGACCACUCGCGGUUUCCAGCCUGGGGACUUUGUUCGUGUGGCCGAGAUUGUUGACCGUGCAGUCGUCAUCACUCAAAGACUGGACAAGAAGGCGAAAGAGUCUGCCGAGGCAAAGGGCCGAAAGAACCCUGGCAGCGUCAAGGCGUUCCUGGACUACCUUAAAGAAGGUGAAAGCGAUCCGGAGAUUGUUGAGUUGAGAAGAGAGGUUGAAGACUGGGUUGGCACAUUCAGUCUUCCUUGGGAGAAGGGCUCCUCUUGA